GCUUAGGUGGAGAGAUUUUUGCUAGUUAUAGCCAAAUGUAUGAAAUUGUACCAUGGCAAUUUUUGCUAGUUAUAACCAAAUGUAUGAAAUUGAAAUGUUAUAGAAAUGUUGUACGAGGUUACAAUUGGAGAGAUUUUUCAAUGUAACCGGAACAUAGGAUGGUACAUCACAUGUCAUUAUAUAAAUGAUAGAACAUGGGAUGAAAAUUUUUUCGUUAGAAUUGUACCAAAAUUUAAAGAAGUAAAUUGUAAUUUACCCUUUUUACUUUUACUUGCACAUUUACCUGUUUGACGCCCAGCUUAGGUGGGUGUAUUAUAUCCUAGUAAAAAUAUCACAUCCAUCAAAAAAAUUAAUUUUUCAUGUAUAUUAAUACAAUGUAUUUGAAGGAGCGAAGAUUCCCAAUUCCAAGUGGGGUCUUAAAUUAACUUGUGUCUCUAUAGAUGUGGACUAGCUAGUCCUAAAUAGCCGCUUAGUUUAAUCCAUCUUAUCAUCUAUGAAACUUUUGUCCAAGAUUCCAAGAGUCCGUCCGACGACUGCUACUCUCAUUGAUGUGCACCGAUUUGAAAAUGCGGUCUCAUGCCGUAGAGGAUGGUUUAGAAAAGGUUUCUAGCCAUUGCAACCAUUACUUUUAGUAUUGGUUUAUGCAAUGGAAAUCCCGGUCGGCCUCCGCUUUGCAAAGAAAGCGAAAGACAGGCACUUCUGAAGUUCAAGCAAGAUCUCAAGGACCCUGCCAAUCGGAUUGCGUCGUGGGUUGCAGAAGAAGAUUCAAACUGUUGCAGUUGGAUAGGAGUUGUCUGUGAUCACAUGACCGGCCACAUCCAUGAGCUGCACCUUAAUAAUUCCAACUCUAAUUGGGAUUGCAACUCUUGUUUCGGUGGUAAGAUAAAUCCUUCUUUGCUCAGUUUAAAGCAUCUCAAAUACUUGGACUUGAGUGAAAAUAAUUUCAAUACAACACGAAUUCCCAGUUUCUUUGGUUCUAUGACAAGUUUAACACACCUUAACCUUGGAUACUCACAGUUUUAUGGAAUAGUUCCUCAUAAACUGGGAAAUCUCUCCAGUCUACGCUAUCUCAAUCUCAGUAGUAUUCUUCUGGAGGUUGAUAACCUUCAGUGGAUUUCUGGUCUUUCUCUGCUGAAACGCUUGGACUUGAGUUCUGUAAAUCUUAACAAAGCAUCUGACUGGUUGCAAGUUACAAACAUGCUCCCUUCUUUGGCAGAGUUAGAUAUGUCCUUUUGUCAACUUGAUCAAAUUCCCCAUCUACCCACCGCAAAUUUUACUUCCCUGGUCGACCUUGGUCUUUCUGAAAACCAUUUUAAUUCUUUGAUGCCGAGGUGGGUUUUCAGUCUUAAAAAUCUAGCUUCUCUUCGUCUCAGUGAUUGUGGUUUCAAAGGUCCAAUUCCUAGCAUUUCACAGAAUAUCAUAUCUUUGAGGGAAAUUGAUUUGUCAUACAAUUAUAUUAGUCUUGAUCCGAUUCCCAAUUCUAUUCAGAAUAUGACCGGUCUUAAAGUCCUUAAUCUUGAGGGGAACAACUUCAAUUCUACCAUACCUGAAUGGUUGUAUAGCUUGAACAAUCUCGAGUCCUUACUUCUUUCUUACAAUGAAUUACGCGGUGAAAUAUCGAGUUCCAUUGGAAACAUGACAUCCCUUGUCAAUCUUCACUUGUAUGGUAAUCGGUUGGAAGGGAACAUACCAAAUUCUUUGGGGCAUCUUUGUAAGUUGAAAGUUCUUGAUCUGUCAAUGAACCAUUUCACGGUUCAAAAACCAUUCGAAAUCUUUGAAAGUUUGUCUAGAUGUGGUCCAGAUGGAAUAAAGUCGUUGUGGUUGGGGAAUACUAAUAUAUCAGGUCCCAUUCCAAUGUCACUAGGAAAUCUGUCAAGCUUGGAAAAAUUGGACAUAUCUGGAAAUCAGUUUAAUGGAACUUUCACUGAAGUUAUUGGUCAACUCAAAAUGCUAACGGAAUUGGAUAUAUCUUAUAAUUCGUUAGAAGGUGCGGUGUCGGAAGUUUCUUUUAGCAACCUUACAAAGUUGAAGCAUUUCUUUGCAAAAGGAAACUCAUUAACUCUGAAAGCUAGUCGAGAUUGGGUUCCUCCUUUUCAACUUGAAAUUUUGCGGCUGGAUUCCUGGCAUUUGGGGCCUGAAUGGCCGAUGUGGUUGCGGACACAAACGCAAUUAAAAGAACUAAGCUUGUCUGGUACAGGAAUUUCAAGUACUAUUCCAACUUGGUUUUGGAACUUGACUUCCCAAGUAGGGUAUUUGAAUCUCUCUCACAAUCAGUUGUAUGGGCAGAUUCCAAAUAUAUCUGUUGCUCCAUAUUUAGUGGUUGAUCUUAGUUCUAACCAUUUCACUGGUGCAUUGCCUAUUGUUCCCACCUCAUUACAAUUGCUAGAUCUUUCCAAUUCAUCAUUUUCUGGAUCUGUUUCCCACUUCUUCUGUGAUAGGCUGGAUGAAACAAAGCGACUUUUUGUUCUUUAUCUCGGGAACAAUUUUCUCACUGGAAAAGUACCCGAUUGUUGGAUGAGUUGGAAAUACUUGAGAUACCUAAAUUUAGAAAACAACAACCUAACUGGGAAUGUCCCAAUAUCCAUGGGACACUUACGAUGGCUGGCAUCACUGCAAUUGCGCAAUAAUCACCUGUACGGAGAAUUGCCACAUUCCCUGCAGAACUGUAUCUGGUUGUCAGUUGUUGACCUUAGUGAAAAUGGGUUUUCCGGAAGCAUACCAAUAUGGAUAGGGAAAAGCCUUUCAGAGUUGAAUGUUCUUGAUCUUCGUUCAAAUAAGUUUGAAGGAGAUAUUCCUAAUGAAGUUUGUUAUUUGAAAAGUCUCCAGAUAUUGGACCUUGCACAUAACAAACUCUCAGGAAUGAUACCGAGAUGCUUCCACAAUUUGAGCGCCAUGGCUAAUGUGUCAGAAUUCUUUUCGUCAACAUGGCGUAGGUUUUUUGUUUCUGAUGAGGUUCAUACAGGUUUUGAGAAUGCAAUCUUGGUAACGAAAGGGAUAGAAAUGGAAUAUAGCAAGAUUCUGGGAUUCGUAAAGGGCAUGGACCUUUCAUGCAACUUUAUGUACGGAGAGAUCCCUGAAGAACUUACCGGCCUCCUCGCAUUGCAGUCACUCAAUUUAUCGAAUAAUCGCUUCACCGGAAGAAUUCCUUCAAAGAUUGGUAAUAUGGAACGGUUAGAAUCUCUCGAUUUUUCCAUGAACCAACUUGAUGGUGAAAUUCCUCCAAGCAUGACGAAUUUGACAUUUCUGAGUCACUUAAACUUGUCCUACAACAAUUUGACGGGACGAAUUCCGGAAAGCACUCAACUGCAGAGCCUCGAUCAGUCGAGCUUCGUCGGCAACGAACUAUGCGGAGCUCCACUCAACAAGAAUUGUGGCACGACGCCACCAACAGUUGAGCAAGACGGAGGAGGUGGAUACCGUUUACUAGAAGAUGGGUGGUUCUACGUGAGCUUAGGAGUUGGAUUCUUCACGGGGUUUUGGAUUGUACUUGGUUCUUUGCUGGUAAACAUGCCAUGGAGCGUUCUUCUUUCACAGUUGCUGAAUAGGAUAGUGCUUAAAAUGUAUCAUGUAAUUGUUGAAUAUGUUUAGCUUUGUUUUGUACUUUGCGUAAGUUUGUUGGCAUUUUCCUUGCUGUGACGAAUAUGCCAAUAUGGUUGUGUUGUAUGAUUUUGUCAAAUUUCGUCGUCUUGUUUCA